CUGCCAGCUGUACUCUCUCACCCUCUCUCUUAAAUUUUAUUUAUUUUUUUAUUUUUUUCUAUCAUCAGACGGUGACUGCAUGUUUGUUUGAUAAGAAAGAAAAUGAAAGAGAAUGAGAAAAUGCUAAUCCUCUGUUUUCUUUCGUAUGUUUAAAAGACGCGGCACGCCGUUUGUGCUGCUCUUAGUGGGCCCCACAACCACCACCAUCACCACCCUCCUUCUUAAUUUGCGUGUCAAAACACCUCCUUUUGUCUUCUCUCUUUCUUAUUUCUCCCAUAUUUUUCUUUACACUAUAUAAGCAGUCACCUUAUUCUUCGAUCUUCAUCUUCAGCGAUAUAUACAAAAACCCUAAGAAUCCAUCUCUUAAUCAGUUCAUUCAUUCAUGGCCUUGUUGAUAAGAUCACCGGCGGCGAAAUUCACCUCCGUUUUCCUCUCCAUCUCGCUUCUCUUCUUCUUCUUCGUCGCCGGAUCGUACGGCUUCGGAGGAGGAAGAAAAGUUGGAGGUUGGACAGAGAUCGAGGACGUGAAGGACAACGAGGAGGUUCAAAAUUUGGGGAAAUUCUCCGUGGAGGAGUAUAACCGGAACCGGAGGCAGAGCGGCCUGAGCAAUGGCGGUGGAGAGCUUGUGUUUUCCGAGGUUGUCGAGGCGAAGAGGCAGGUGGUUUCGGGGAUCAAAUACCACCUGAAAGUGGCGGCGACUAUGAACGGCGAGACGAAGAUGUUCGACUCGGUGGUGGUGGUGAAACCAUGGACUCGUUCUAAGCAACUCAUUGAGUUUUCGCCUCGAGGUGAGACUGUGAAGUUAGGGUUUGAAGGUGGUGAGGUAUGAAGUAGUUUUUUCUCUUUUAAGGUAUAGCCAUGGCGGUGUUUCAAUGUAAAAUUGUAGUUUCUUUGUUUAAUAAUUUAAAAAAAAAUUUUUUUUUUUUUGGGUGAUGGGCUUGAAGAAUGAUAAGUAUGUAUGUAUGUAUGUAUGUGUACUGUGCAUGCAGCUUAUGAUGUGUAAGAAUAAAUUAUGAUAAUAUAAUAAGAAAUUGAAAGUAGAAGUAAAUGUUUUAUUAUUUUAUAAAA